AUGGCGCCAGUGGAAGACAUCGGCCAUCGCUGUAACUAUCUGGUGACCCACUCGUCAAGCCAGACCCUUCCUAGCAUCCAUCGAACCAUCGACUGCCCCUACACGAACUAUUGCAUAAAGUUUGCCUCUUCGAAACUCGUCUUCUGGAGUUGCCCGGUCGCUAACAGCGUCUGCUCAAAGUCGGAAUUCAAAGUAACGACCUUCGACCCGGAAGAUUCGAGUUACACCGCUACCGGAACGGCCUAUUGCUGCACCGGGAAUCUUUGCAAUGUGAUGUACACCAGUCAGCCGGGGAUGAACCCGGUCCCGGGCCCGGCCCCGCAGAGCCACGCCUCGCAACGCGGCCCCGGUUCGCAGAACCCAAGGCAGCCAAUGCUGAUGCAAGCGCCACAAGCCCCGGUGGGAUGCCCUCCCGGCCUCGAAUACCUCACCAUCCUCGACCGGGUUGUUGUCGAGCAGAAAAUCGAGGUGUUCGAGGUGAUGACGAACUGGGAGACGGCCAACCGCUACGCCAUCCACAACGCCAAUUGGCAACAGGCCUACAUGGCGUUCGAGGAGGACAAGAUGAGCUGCGCCAGGCAGUGCUGCCCGAACAAGCGCGGCUACGUGAUGCACGUCGUUGACAAUUAUGGAAGGGAAGUGAUGCGUAUCACCCGUCCCUUCAAAUGUUGCGCCGACAUGUACUGGGGGAAUGAGACGACCGUCGAGGCGCCGCCCGGAAAUGUGAUUGGACGGGUCGUGGAGGACAUCGGUUCCCUCGGUUGCUGCUCGCACAAAUUUUCCCUGCAUAUGGAUGGGCAGCAGGCGCUGAAAAUCGACGGCCCGCUGGACUGCUGCUGUUGCCGGAUUUGCAAUGUUUGCGGUGAUCAGGUCUUCGAGAUCAAGACGAUGCAGGGCGAAAAGAUUGGCGACAUCCGGAAGAAGUGGACCGGUUUCGCGCAGGAGUACUUCACCGACGCCGACACGUUCACCUGCGAUUUCCCCGUCGACCUGGACGUGCGCAUGAAGGCCACCAUCCUCGCGGCUACUUUCCUAGUGGACUUCAUGUUCUUCGAGGACAACAAU